AUGCUAUUCAACGCGAUUACCUUUGACUUGCCCCAGCGCUUCCAGAAUGUCGACGGCUUGACGGCUGUGGAUGCCGGCAUUCGUCUUCUCCAGUUCAGCCUGGGAGGGCCCGUUGCAUCCAUGACGACCGUAAUUGCAGGCAGAUUACUGAUACCAGUCUUCUACAUCCUUGUCCUCGGGUCAUCCCUGCAGCUAAUUGGCACGGGACUACUCGCCUCGAUCCCGUCGACUACAGACCUCGAGCGUGCGCAAUACGGAUAUCAAGUCAUCGCCCCACUCGGCGUCGGGGUGACGUUUGGCAUCUUGAUGCUCGGCGUACUCUUUACCGUCGAGAAGAGGGACCUGGCGACUGCCACCGGGGCCAUGAUCCAGAUCCGGGUGCUGGGAGGUGCCAUAGGGCUGGCCAUUGGGUCCAACAUCCUCAAUGUGUACGCGUGCUCGCAUUUGGCUCCGUUUCUUGCCCCGGAGAAAAUCCGGAGCAUCCGCAGAACGUCGAGUUCCAUGUCCCAUCUACCCGCCGACUUGCAGGUGGUCUGGGCCCGUCAAGUGUUUGCGCAAGGCUCCCGGUUACAGAUGGUCCUGGGAAGCGUCGUGACGGGCGUGUCUCUGCUGGCGACUUUGCUGGUGUGGCGGCGGAAGCAGUUGGUAGCGCGCGCAGAUUGGCGGUGA